AAUACCGGUCAGUCACGCUUUGUGACAGUCAGAUUUUCACCAUUUUCGCCCAACUUCGCGACACCGCCGUCCUCUCGUUUUCGUUCUAGUCAUGGCUGGUGAUAAAUCAGAAAAGAAAGACAAGAAGCGUAGGGAGAGCAAGGUCGAGCCUCCCACAGAAGACGUAGAAAUGGCGGAUGCAGAAGAGACCACCAAGUCGCCGAAGAAGCACAAGAAAGAAAAGGCUGAAGUUCUCAUUCCGGUCGAAGAUUUGUCGCCGCUGGCCAACCCGCUUGCCCAGAAGAAGCUUUUGAAGAAGUUACAGAAAACGGUGAAGAAGGCGUCAAAGUCUCGGCUAGUGAAGAGAGGUGUGAAGGAGGUGGUUAAAGGAAUUAAGAAAGGAGAAAAAGGCCUACUGAUUAUAGCUGCCGACAUCAGCCCUAUUGACAUUGUUUCCCAUCUACCCGUUUUGAGUGAGGAGGCGAAGAUACCUUAUAUUUUCGUGUCGUCAAAGGAGGAACUGGGUCACUUUAGCUCGACGAAACGGCCGACGAGCUGUGUGAUGAUAUGUCCACACCAAAAAAGAAAGCUGAAGGAGGGCACGAAAGACGAGAAGGAUGAAGAAUUUCAUGACUUGUACAAGGAAUGUUAUUCCGAGGUGGAAAAGCUGGAUACCCAGAUUGUAUUUUGAUAUUUCUUUAGGGUAGUAGCUUGGUGUGCCUUGUGAUCGGCAAGCAGGAAUUCGCACGAUCUUUUUUCUACGUUGCA